AUGUCUUUAAUGUGGAAGAAAGCUCUGAAUAUAAACACUGAAGAAGAGCACCUCACAUUUCCAGAGAACAACGUCAGUGAAAAUACAGAGACUUCUGUAAAAGCCCUGAAUAUAAACACAGAAGAAGAGCACCUAACAUUACCAGAGAACAACGUCAGCGAAAAUACAGAGACUUCUGUAAAAGCCCUGAAUAUAAACACUGAAGAAGAGCACCUAACAUUACCAGAGAACAACGUCAGCGAACAUACAGACACUUAUGUAAAAGCUCUGAAUAUAAACCCUGAAGAAGAGCACCUAACAUUACAAGAGAACAACGUCAGCGAAAAUACAGAGACUUCUGUAAAAGAAUGGGAAAAUAAACAGUUCAUACAAAAAAGAAAGGACUAUCAAGAGGAUGAACAAGUUAUAUUAUUACACGAAAAGAAAAGAGGUGAAUACAGGAGAGGUUCUUCAAAGGAACUAAAACCCAUCAAUGCAGUAGUCAAUAUUGGUUUCACUUAUUCUGCAAGUGCCUUCUCUUCGCCUGAUUCAAAAAACGAAGAAAGCAAACAUUCCCUGAUAACAUGGGAUUCAAAAGAACGACAACUGGAGUAUACAUCCACAGCAAUCUUAUUAAACCAAGACAGAUCUGCUCACAGCAUUGGAUUCGAAGCAGAAGAAUAUUUUUAUGAUGAACUAAAUGAAGAGGAGCGUAAAGAUUGGUUCUUUUUUCCAGCCUUGAUGUCGACACUAUUAGAAACAGAGGUAAUAAAUGAUGGUAAUGUCAUAAUAAAAGAUAAGCAGAACAGACACAAAAUGAAAGCUGUUGAUGUGAUCGCUGCUUUUAUCUAUCAAAUGAAAAGCAAACUAGACACAAAUCUCAAUCAAGAAUGUUCAGUUGAAAUGUUGACGUUGGUUGUACCAGCUAUUCUAAAAGACAAGGAAAAACGUUUAAUUAAGAAAGCCACUGAAAUAGCGGGAAUCGCUAGUGAUUUUAUUUUAUUGGAAGCACCUGAAGUUGUUUUAAAAUUCUACAGUUCACUUUCUCCAAAUAAUAAAGAAGAUGUUGAUUUAGUAGAAAGCUAUAGCUGUAUUGUUUUAUAUGUUGAAGAUACAUCACUUACAACAACGCUAAUGGAAGUUAAACGACUUACCUAUAAUAUGAAAACUACUGUGUUUAGUCAGUAUGGAGGUAUUUCUGGGGAUUUGUUUGGAUUUUUCACUUCUUUAUUUACCAGAGAGGUUACACAGCGUUUAAAAAAAGAGCAUCCCUUCGAAUAUGUCAAACCCCUUCACGAUUUUCAAUUGCAAUUGGAACAUAUUCAAGGAGAUCAAAAAGUUAAAAUACGAAUUCCGUCGAUAUGGUUUAAGCUUUAUAAAGAAAUCAAAGACACAACAAUACAAGACGCAAUAAAAAAAUCAACCUACUCAUCUCAUGUACAAUUUUCACAUGACAAAGUUAGGAUAAGUAAUGAACUAUUCAAGAAGAAAUUCAUCAAUAUAACACAAAAUAGAUAUAAAUUAAUAGCAAAUAUUAUACAUGUCAUAGAUGAAUCGGUUUCAGACAUCAGCGUUUUGUAUCUUGUCGGAGAGCAUAUUGACAACAUGCUUGUUAACGAUUUGAGAGAAAGAUAUCCGAACUAUACAAUACAUGCAAUAGAUCCAAAAAAAGCUAUUCUUCACGGUGCACUUCAGUUUUGGAAUGAAAGAUUGUCGAAAUGA